AUGGCACCUGUGAUGCACACCAAAGAGGUUCAAAAGGUGAAGCAUUCCGACGGCAGCAAGACCGUCAACGGCUUCCGGGUGCUGCGGCUCCUGGGCGAAGGCUCCUUCGCGAAGGUGAAACUUUGUGAGGAGCUGACCACGCGCCGGAGCUUUGCGCUGAAGGUGUUUCGCAAGCUUCCGCUCCGGAAGCAGCGGGAAUUCAUGCGGGCAGAGGAUGGAGAAGGAAUGCGGGUACGCACCAGCCUGGAUAAGGUGUACCAGGAGAUCGAGCUGAUGAAGGACAUCUCCCACGCCCACUGCGUGCAGCUCCACGCCGUGUUCGAGGAGCCGGCGGUCAGCGGGAAGAUCUACGUGGUCUUGGAGCUGGCGGAGGGCGGCGCAGCCAUGGACUGGGACGAGCAGCGCCAAGAGUUCAGCGCUGCUGGCGGGGGCCUGGUGCCGGAGGACACGGCCAGGAGAUUCCUUCAGCAGCUACUGGCCGCCUUGGGGUACCUGCACGCGGUGUGGGUGGCCCACCGGGACGUGAAGCCGCAGAACCUGCUGGUGGCCUCUGGCCAUCUGAAGCUCGGAGACUUCGGCACGGCGGCGCGGAUGGGCGAGGACUACUUGAUCCAUGGCACUGAAGGUACCUACCACUUCUUCUCCCCCGAGAUGUGCCAGGUGGGGUACCGUGGCCACGACGGGCGCCGUGCGGACAUUUGGGCCGCUGGGGUCUCGCUUUGGGCCUUCCGCUCUGGAAAGCUGCCGUUUUUCCACAAGGACAUGGCUGUGCUUAUGGACCGCAUCGCUGCCGGGGAACUUUGCUGGGAAGGGGCCUCCUUCUCUGCCGGGUGCAGCGGAUCGCUGGAGCUCAUGCUGUGCAAGGACCCGGGUCAGCGGCCUUUGGCAGAGGAAUUGCUCUUGGACCCCUGGAUAGGCAUCGAUGCGUCCAGCUAG